GGAGGGGGCAGCGCCGCCGCAGGAGGCAGGGAAGCUGGCGAGCUGCGGCGGCGGCAAGGCAGCGGUGGUAGUUCGCUGCGAGGGCGACGGCUCGAGGCCGAGUGGCCGUCCGGCAGGGACCUGGGCGCCCUCUCUCGCAGGACCUUGUCGUGAUCCACCUUUGUACCUUCUACUCGUUUGAAGAUGGUGAAGCUAGAUAUCCAUACUUUGGCCCACCACCUCAAACAGGAACGCUUAUAUGUAAACUCUGAGAAACAGCUCAUUCAGAGGCUAAAUGCAGAUGUGCUUAAGACAGCUGAAAAGUUGUAUCGUACAGCGUGGAUUGCAAAGCAACAGAGAAUUAAUUUGGAUCGGCUUAUUAUAACCAGUGCUGAAGCUUCCCCUGCUGAGUGUUGCCAACAUGCCAAGAUUUUGGAAGAUACACAGUUUGUUGAUGGAUAUAAGCAACUGGGAUUUCAGGAAACUGCUUAUGGAGAAUUCUUAAGUCGGUUAAGAGAAAAUCCUCGUCUUAUUGCCUCCUCUUUGGUUGCUGGAGAGAAACUCAAUCAGGAGAAUACACAAAGUGUUAUUUAUACAGUUUUUACCUCCCUGUAUGGCAACUGUAUUAUGCAAGAAGAUGAAAGCUACCUCCUUCAGGUUUUACGAUACUUGAUUGAAUUUGAACUUAAAGAAAGUGAUAACCCUAGGCGACUUUUGAGGAGAGGAACUUGUGCCUUCAGCAUUUUAUUCAAGCUUUUUUCUGAAGGACUCUUUUCUGCCAAACUUUUCCUCACAGCUACUUUGCAUGAGCCAAUCAUGCAGCUCCUUGUUGAAGAUGAAGAUCAUCUGGAAACAGAUCCAAACAAGCUAAUUGAGAGAUUUUCCCCAGCCCAACAGGAAAAACUCUUUGGAGAGAAAGGCUCAGAUAAAUUCAGGCAAAAGGUGCAGGAAAUGGUGGAUUCCAAUGAGGCCAAACUGGUUGCUCUGGUGAACAAAUUUAUUGGUUAUCUCAAACAGAACACAUACUGUUUUCCACAUAGUUUGAGGUGGAUUGUGUCACAAAUGUACAAAACUCUCUCCUGUGUAGAUAGACUGGAAGUUGGGGAGGUCAGAGCGAUGUGCACUGAUCUUCUGUUGGCUUGCUUCAUUUGUCCUGCAGUUGUCAAUCCAGAGCAGUAUGGAAUAAUAGCCGAUGCUCCAAUCAAUGAGGUGGCGAGAUUUAACCUGAUGCAGGUUGGCCGCCUUUUGCAGCAGUUAGCAAUGACUGGCACUGAGGAGGGAGAUCCCCGGACAAAAAGCAGCCUUGGAAAAUUUGACAAAAGCUGUGUUGCUGCUUUCCUUGAUGUUGUGAUUGGGGGCCGUGCAGUGGAGACUCCACCAAUGUCCUCUGUUAAUCUUCUGGAAGGAUUGAGCAGAACUGUGGUUUAUAUAACCUACAGUCAGCUUAUUAGUCUGGUGAACUUUAUGAAGAGUGUGAUGUCUGGUGAUCAACUGAGAGAAGACAGAAUGGCUCUUGACAAUUUACUGGCAAACCUGCCCCAGGCUAAGCCAGGGAAAAGCAGCAGUUUAGAAAUGACUCCCUACAGUACUCCUCAGAUGUCUCCAGCAACCACUCCAGCCAAUAAAAAGAAUCGAUUACCUAUAGCAACUCGGAGCAGGAGCCGAAGUAAUAUGCUAAUGGACCUACAUAUGGACCAUGAAGGAUCUUCUCAAGAAACCAUCCAGGAGGUACAACCAGAAGAGGUGCUGGUCAUUUCCUUAGGGACAGGUCCCCAACUUACUCCAGGGAUGAUGUCAGAAAAUGAGGUCCUAAACAUGCAACUUUCGGAUGGAGGACAAGGAGAUGUCCCUGUUGAUGAAAACAAACUCCACGGUAAACCUGAUAAAACCUUGCGCUUUUCCCUCUGCAGUGAUAAUCUGGAAGGCAUAUCUGAAGGUCCUUCCAAUCGCUCCAACUCAGUGUCUUCUCUGGACCUGGAAGGAGAGUCUGUAUCUGAACUUGGGGCAGGACCUUCUGGAAGUAAUGGAGUUGAAGCUCUACAGCUGUUAGAACAUGAACAAGCUACAACACAAGAUAAUCUUGAUGAUAAGCUGAGGAAGUUUGAAAUUCGUGACAUGAUGGGACUCACAGAUGAUAGAGAUAUAUCAGAAACAGUGAGUGAGACCUGGAGCACAGAUGUCCUGGGCAGUGACUUUGACCCAAACAUUGAUGAGGAUCGUCUACAAGAGAUUGCAGGUGCAGCAGCAGAAAACAUGUUAGGCAGUUUGCUCUGCCUCCCAGGUUCAGGGUCAGUGCUUCUGGACCCCUGUACUGGUUCUACCAUAUCAGAGACAACAAGUGAAGCUUGGAGCGUAGAGGUAUUGCCAAGUGACUCAGAGGCUCCGGACUUAAAGCAGGAAGAGCGCCUCCAAGAGCUGGAGAGCUGUUCUGGCCUGGGCAGCACAUCUGAUGAUACAGAUGUCAGGGAGGUCAGUUCCCGCCCCAGCACACCAGGCCUCAGUGUUGUGUCCGGUAUAAGUGCUACAUCUGAGGACAUUCCCAAUAAGAUUGAAGACCUGAGAUCUGAGUGCAGCUCUGAUUUUGGGGGUAAAGAUUCUGUAACUAGUCCAGACAGGCGUCAUAUUCUACGUAUCUGUGAUUUGCUUUAUUUCAACAAACAGCACCCUAAACACAUUGAGGCAAAAGCAGAUAUGAGAAUCCAGCUGUCAGCCAGUGCCCACCAGCUGACGUCUCCACCCUCUCAGUCAGAGUCUCUGUUGGCCAUGUUUGAUCCACUGUCUUCACAUGAAGGGGCCUCUGCUGUGGUAAGGCCAAAGGUCCACUACGCUAGACCCUCCCAUCCACCACCAGAUCCCCCAAUCCUGGAAGGAGCAGUGGGAGGAAAUGAGGCCAAGUUGCCCAAUUUUGGUUCUCAUGUGUUAACGCCAGCUGAAAUGGAGGCAUUCAAGCAAAGGCACUCUUACCCUGAGAGACUGGUUCGCAGCAGGAGUUCUGAUAUAGUAUCUUCUGUCCGGCGGCCCAUGAGUGAUCCCAGCUGGAACCGAAGACCAGGGAAUGACGAGCGAGAACUCCCUCCAGGUGCAGCCAUUGGUGCUACUUCUUUGGUGGCUGCACCUCACUCAUCAUCUUCAUCCCCUAGUAAGGACUCUUCAAGAGGAGAGACUGAAGAGCGCAAAGAUAGUGAUGAUGAGAAAUCAGAUAGGAACAGACCUUGGUGGAGAAAACGCUUUGUUUCAGCCAUGCCUAAAGCUCCUAUACCAUUUAGAAAGAAAGAAAAACAAGAAAAAGACAAAGAUGAUCUGGGUCCUGACAGAUUCUCAACACUCACAGAUGAGCCCAGUCCUAGGCUCAGUGCACAAGCUCAGGUUGCUGAAGAUAUUCUGGACAAGUACCGGAAUGCCAUUAAACGGACCAGCCCCAGUGAAGGAGCAAUGGCAAACGAUGAAAGUGCAGAGGUGAUGGGCGAUGGUGAAAGUGCACAUGACUCUCCUCGUGAUGAAGCAUUGCAGAACAUCUCAGCUGAUGACCUCCCAGACUCUGCAAGCCAAGCAGCCCAUCCUCAGGAUUCUGCUUUCUCUUACAGAGAUGCGAAAAAGAAACUGAGGCUUGCUUUGUGCUCCGCUGACUCUGUUGCCUUCCCAGUGUUAACCCAUUCAACAAGGAACGGAUUGCCAGACCAUACAGACCCAGAAGACAAUGAAAUUGUAUGCUUCUUAAAAGUUCAGAUAGCUGAGGCAAUUAAUUUACAAGAUAAGAACUUAAUGGCUCAACUUCAAGAAACAAUGCGCUGUGUGUGCCGCUUUGACAAUAGGACCUGCAGGAAGCUGCUGGCUUCCAUUGCUGAAGACUAUAGGAAAAGAGCCCCAUAUAUUGCUUAUCUCACCCGCUGUCGACAAGGACUACAGACCACACAGGCUCACUUGGAAAGGCUCUUGCAAAGAGUUUUGCGGGACAAAGAGGUGGCCAAUCGGUAUUUUACCACUGUCUGUGUGAGGUUACUGCUUGAGAGCAAAGAAAAGAAGAUCAGGGAGUUCAUUCAAGACUUUCAGAAACUCACAGCAGCUGAUGAUAAAACUGCCCAGGUAGAAGAUUUUCUCCAGUUCCUUUAUGGUGCAAUGGCUCAGGAUGUCAUAUGGCAGAAUGCUAGUGAGGAGCAGCUCCAGGAUGCUCAGCUUGCCAUUGAACGAAGUGUGAUGAAUCGGAUUUUCAAGCUUGCUUUCUACCCUAACCAGGAUGGUGACAUACUUCGUGACCAGGUUCUUCAUGAACAUAUCCAGAGAUUGUCUAAAGUAGUGACUGCAAACCACAGAGCUCUCCAGAUACCAGAGGUUUAUCUUCGGGAGGCACCAUGGCCUUCUGCACAGUCAGAAAUCAGGACAAUAAGUGCUUACAAAACCCCCCGGGACAAAGUCCAGUGCAUCUUAAGAAUGUGCUCCACCAUCAUGAACCUCCUGAGCCUGGCCAAUGAGGACUCUGUCCCCGGAGCAGAUGACUUUGUUCCCGUAUUGGUGUUCGUGCUGAUAAAGGCAAACCCACCCUGCCUGCUGUCCACCGUGCAGUACAUCAACAGCUUCUAUGCCAGCUGUCUGUCUGGAGAGGAGUCCUACUGGUGGAUGCAGUUCACAGCAGCAGUGGAAUUCAUUAAAACCAUCGAUGACCGAAAGUGACCAUGACACAGGCCUUCCACAGCAGCAGACUGUUAGGCAGGCAGGCAGAUCUCUAAGAAAAUGUAGCAGCUACUUUGAAAGCUGAAGACUGUUUUGUAUAAUAUUGUACAGCAUUCAGACAUUUUAAAACAAAUCUUUACUAAACAGAUUAACAAGCUAAUAAGCAGGUUCUUUUUAGGCUCUUUUCCUUUCUGAGUUGCUUAUUUUAUUUUCUUGUCCCCAAGUAGAGAGUAGCACUGUAAAAAGGGACCAUGUUUUUCAGAUAUUUUGAAAUAUUAAAAAUCAAAACAGAAUCUCUUAGGAAAUGUCCAGAUUUCCAUUCAUGGAUUCCCUGUUCUUUUGUUUUACUUUAAAAAGAACAGUCCACCUCUUUUAAGUAAUGCUGUCUUCUCUGUAUGCAGCUAAUGGAAGGAACGCAGCAGCUGCACUGAGGAUUUCAGUAGUGGUGCAUUUAUAGCAUUCUCUAUACAUACACUCUCCUGAACUGAAAAGCUAGGAAGGAAAUGUAAAUAUAAUAUAUAUUUAUAUUUGGAUAUAGUAUGGACAUCUUCAGAUCCUAAUAAACAAGGACAGUUUCUGAUAGUAGGUUGUGACAUACCAUCUUGUGAAAUGGUUUCCUUGACAAAAUUUAAGCCAAGCUUAACAGCAAAGCCAGAAAUAUUUAUUAAUGUGUAAUACAGUUUAUUGAACUCUCUGGGUAUAGAGUUUGACGAGGAAGUCAUGCAGGCAUGUAUCACCAUGGACAUGUUGAGCCUGCACAUAGGAGACAGACUCUACCCACCUUACAUAAGAGCAGUACAUGGAACUGUAUGUAUUGUGGUACUUCUCCUUUGAGACACUGAGCAGAAACUCCAGACAGAGCUCCUUACAGACCUUCAAUUGUGAAAUAUUUCUGAUGCUUAUUCACAUUGAAUGCACAGACCAGGAAUUCAGUGAAUGUCUUUUUUUUUUAAAAAAAAAAAAACUAAUUUAUAUUGUCUGCUCUAGUGAUACAAGUUUUACUAGUUUUAAACUAUUUUAAUCAACCACACUAUUCUUAUGGAAAAAAAAAUCUAUUUUGGCAGGUUUCUGUGCCUUUAUUUCCCUCUUCUGAAAAAAAAGUAUGUGUUCUAGUAGUUUGGUUUGCAUCAUACAUCAGUAAUUAAUCAGGAAUGGGCUUUGGUGCCUGAGAAGCUGGCCGAGGACACACACCAAGGCUUCAAGCACAAGUCUUGUACAUAGGCCAUCACUGACUGGUUUCACUUUGUACGUUUCCUGAACGUGUUUCGCUUCUUUUAUAACAAAUGCUGCACUCCCAUCCUUUUGAGUCCCUUGUUGCUGGUAGCAUACAAGCAUCUUUUAAGGGACCCAUGAGAACUAGCCGUGAGCAGAUGGCUACAGAGGCUGUCUGCGCCCCUCUGAGAAUUCGGCCACACAGUGCCAAGAGAAGCUGGGUUUUCUUCAUGCUUCCUUCUUAUUUUUAAUCCCAAAAUAGGAAUUUGCAUGGGAGUGUGGGAUGUGGUUUCUGCCUUUUAGGGAGGGAUCAAACUAAACUAGAACUGAAAUGUCCUUUUGAAUGUUAGGUCAGGAACUCCAUGUACUUCAUGGCUAUCAUUGUCAACCCUGCCUGGGUGUUAGAAGUUACAUCCUGUCAUAAAUACAUUGCAAGCAAACUAUGACAUGGUUUUACAACCUAGAUGGGAGUCUGACAUUUACUCAAUAAAUGUUAAGUCAGCAGAAGAUUUUGAAUAGUUGGAAUUCAUUGUUAUAAGACUUGUAAAUCAAUGAGUCUCUCUCUCUCUCUCUCUCUCUCUCUCUCUCUCUCUCUCUCUCUCUCUCUAAUGGUAGCUAAAUAUAUUCCAUGUUAUUGCUGUGGAAAUAAAUAUAAAGAUGUGGACAUUGUGCCAGGGCUCUUUUCUGUGGAAGAGAGGGUAAUAGAUUUGGGGUUUGGGCCACACUGUGGUGCCUGAGCCAGUAGUGAGGUAGAAUUUAGCAUUGGUGACAACUCACGGACCCAGGUUGAAGAGCCCAGCGCUGUUCCAGGGGCAGCUAGGUUCCCUCUGCAAACUCUCUGUCCAGGAAGACUUCAGCAUCAAGCAUCACUGGUUUAAUUUCAUGUUAGAAGUCUUUCAAUGUUGAUUGCUGAAUUUAGGAAGUACUCACUCUGUGGCAGGGUAGUGUAUAAGGCAAGAAGUGAUUUGAGUUGUCUAUUUUUCUGGAAAGAGGAAUGAUCCUUUCUUACUGUGCUUUCUCCCAGCACUUGUUUUACAAAAGUAACAAAAUCACCAUUGAGAAAUAACUCAGUAGCUUAAAAUUAUUAUAUAGAAUUUACAAAGUUAAUGGAUAGUAACGUGGGAGGCAGUGGCUCAGGUCAUGAAAGUCUUAGUAGAGUUACAAAAAAGUCCAUUUAUGUUUUUUGUUUUUGGUCUUUUUGAGUCAGGGUCUCUCUGUAGCCCCAGCUGGAACUCACUAUGUGGACCAGGCUGGCCUCCAUCUCAGAGAGAUUCGCCUGCCUCUGCCUCCUGAAUGCUGGGACUAAAGGCGUGCACCACCAUGCCUGGCUGUAUUUUUGUUAAUAUCCCACUACUGAUAUCAUAGAAAUAGAUUACAGGUUGUCUUUCCUUGUCAUUUUUUGUUUUUGUUUUGUUUUUUCGUCUUUUGGAGACAGGAUCUCCCUGUAGUCCCAGCUGGCCUGGAAUUCACUAUGUAGACCAGGCUGUCCUUGAACUCUCAACAGAGAUCCACCUGCCUCUGCUUCCAGAGUGUUGGUUUUAAAGACACACGCUAGCAGGCCGGACUCGUACAUUUUUUAAACUAGUAAAUAUUUUGUUUUUUUCUCCCUACUUUAGGUAAAAUCUUGGUCACAGUAAUUGUCUCAAGUGCUUAUUCUUUAUUUUUAAAAAACAUGCUAAUGAGAGCCUUUGGUAUAAAUAGAUUUCUGUCAUAAAGGAAUUUGUCUUUCUGGGCAUUGUUGUAUCCUGGCCAUCUUCACUGGAAGUAGACUUCACAAGUACACAUUCCUGAAGGGCACAAGCAAAGAAAACCUGGCUAGGCAGUGGAGCAUUGUGCUCUUGCCCUAAGAAACUGCGCUCCCCCGCAUACUGAUCCAGGUCCCAUCUUUGUAUUGCCAGCUCAGGGAAUGGCAUUUGGACUGAGUAAAGGCCAACUAGGAGUUUUAAAUGUGUGAUGUUUUCAGAUGUCCUUCACUAAGGUGACUGGGUGUGAAGAGGGAAGGGAGGAGCAUAACUUGUCAGACUUGUUAGUGGUUACAUGGGUGAGAGAGGAAUGCAGUGCCAGCAGCAUGUGGGCAGGGGCCUAUGCUCUUUUACCUCUCCAUCUCUGCUGUUUCUUUGAGGAAAAGUUUUAUGUUUUCCUCUUUUUAGUUCUUUGAAACCUAUCAAGUCGAUUCUGCAAUUGCUGUUAUUGGGGAAGGGGUGUCAGAAACAGUUUUCUUAAAGUUGAAGCACUCAGUAAGCAGACUAUCAGUGAUGAACUAUUUGGGAAACUGCCAAAUGCUUGAAUUACCACUGUGGUGACACAGGCCUGAGAUCCUAGCACUUGGGAGGCUGAGGCAGGAGGAUUGUUACUAGUUUGAGGCCAGUCUAGGCCACACAGUGUGUAUUCUAGAUUAGCCUGGGCUACAGAGUAAGAGCCUGUCUUAAAAAAAUAAAGUGAGAGUUUUGCCCGAUGAAUGUUAAUAUAUGUCGUAAUUUUACCAAGUUGUGGGUGACCAGGGGUAGCGUUAUUACUUGGAGGAGUGAAGGCAGAGUAGAAUGAAGGAAGCUGAGCUCAGCACAGGGCGUGCUCAGCAGGGGAAAGCUGUUCUACUCAUGGAGUUAGGAGCUGUCUGCCAGUGGCCCCUCAUGACCUUGACUCUGCAGAGGUAAUGGUCUGUCUUGCCUCCUUUGCAUCACCUGUAUCAAAAAGCUUUGUACUGCCAUUCCUCUGGCAGGUAACAGUUUUAUGUAAGCCUGGAUCUUGCGCAGUUGUAUGUGGGCAGGAAAGCCAUCCUGCCUCUCAAUGUGAUCACUGCUGUGCAGCGGGGGGGCUCUGUGAAACUGAUUAAAAAGGAGGGUAUUCUCUUUGA